UUUCAUAUUUUUAAUAAAACUAAUUUCUUCUAAUUUUAUUUAGAAUUUUAGAAUUCGUGAUUAUACGUUAUCAUGCCUAGACUUACUAAAUGCUUGGCAAAUAUAUGAUCACACAUGUGUUUCUGAAAAAUGCGUGUUACAUCCAAAAUCACUUUAAUGCUUAGUAGUGUACGGCAUAGUUACCAGCCGUCUCGCAUUGUGCGAGACGGUUGGUAACUAUGCCGUAAGGUCAAAUGUACGUAUGCCAACAUAACAAUCCUAGGCAUGAGUAGUUCCACGGGGGCUUGUCCAAGACACCUCUUCUGAAUCCGCCACUGCUGUAUUUAAUAAAAUGAUAUAAUACUAAUCAAUUUAAUAUGUUUAUUUUGUAGAAACAACUUCUCAGGAUCCUCCUCUGAAUAACUCCAGGGAUAUGUCAAUUGUUUUUGGGAUCAUUGGAAUACUUGGUGUAGCUGUGGUAUUGCUGUAUUGUGGAUACUCGAAAUUGAAAAAAAUCGAAAUUUUCAUGACGUUUCCUGAACCUAAAUUCCCUAAAAUUAAUUUCCAUAAUGUAAAUUCUCUGGUUCGUGAAAGUGAAACUUUUGAUGAGUUAUGCGUUAGGAAGACUGCGGUCACCAUAUCGAAACGAACGUGUAGUACAGAUAUAGAUAUCAAUAAGCUGACUCCAGAAAUAUUUAGAGAUGGCUGUCAUUCAUAUCUGAAGAACCUUGAAACUGAAAGUACCACUGAGAUCACUGUACAUUUUCCCGAAGAUAAGGAUGAACUCUUAGAUGGUCCAGUGGUGUACCGUAUUCUUAGUAAAAAGAAAUCAGACGUCCCGCCAGUUGAGAAUGAGAAUUUAAUAUCCGAGUCAAAUGUUAAUUGCAUUGGACUUGGUGCAGUUAUGUGUAUUGAGUCUCCAGAUUCUUCAAAGAUCAUUAGAGAUAAAACUGCCGUGCCAAUUAAGAAAAAUGGUUAUUGUUCCAUGCCUCCAGAUCGAUCUUUUGGCCAGAAAGUUAUGACGCCGUGCUCAGACGGAGGUACAUUUGUGUACCCAGAUUGUGAAUAUAUAGUUCGAUGCUUAGAUCAUGGAGACAUCGUUCCACGUCCAGAAAAUGUAGCUCAAGUCUCAGACCAUACAAGAACUGUUCCAUACUUAAAACAUGGAAGUACAGCUCCUAGCCUUGACGACGGGUGUGAUGUGGCUUCAUCCUCAAAUCAUUUAGGCAUAGAUUCACCCUUGAAACAAGAUACAACUCCUUCAAUUUCAGACCACAAAUGCAUGGCUCCACUCUCAGAGCUCAAUGUGGAUUCAUGUUCAGAUUAUCAGUGUAUUACUACCAAACCUAUCAAAUUGCCAGUCACUCGUCCGAAAGAAAACAAUAAUAGUGAUUAUGUUACAGUGACUCAUCACACAUUAAAUGUAAUUGAACAACGCGAUAAACCUAUUCAGUGGCGUAACGCUGGGGCGGGGGGUCAUGUGCCUUUCUGAGCCUGGGGGCUUUUCUUUUAGUCUCGCCGAUCGCCUUUUCAAUGGCGGACUUUCAGAGUUGCUCGUUUUUAAUCAUGUUUGUCAUUGUGUCCUAUUCUUAACGACAAAAUAAAUAAUGUCAUUCCAGUGGCGGAUCUACAGUAUUUGAAGUAGAGGGGCCACAGGGAAUCAGUUUCACUGAUUGAGGGUCUGUACCACCUCAGCCCCACCAUGGCUGGGACUGAGGUAUGAAAAUGUAUGAUUAUAGCGCACCACUAGAUGGUCGGAAAUGACACUCACUUAAAAUUUGAAUAUAUUUUUCGUUUUAUCUCCAUUUGUUUUAAUUUUGGCAAAUUAGGAGAAGCCUGGGAUCGAACGGUUGCAGAUGGGCUUCUUUUAAUCCGCCACUGAAUAUAAUAUGAUAUAUGUACUGCAGUCGAUGUCAGAGACAUGCUGUUAUAUCAACGAAGCCAUUUUUGGGUCAGAGUGCUAGAUCGAGGACACUAUAGGUAAACCCCCCUUUAGGGCCCUAGAGGUUGCGGGUGCCCUGCGGACCGUCGCAUGAGAGUGCAUAGGCGUUACGCCAUUUGACGUACUAAGCUAACUGUGUAUAAGGCCAGGUUACUUAUUUGGUUUUAUAUACGUGAUUGUAGAGAGACGAAAGCAAUAGCUUAUACGCCCAUCCACAGUAAUUGCUUCGUCGUGUCAUAUAAAAGGUUGGUAUAAGCACAAGGGGUGAUUGAUAUGAGCUUUUGCAAGAGCGGAUUUGAAUUGGUUUACAAGGUCUACCCUAACACAAUUAUUUGGAGGAGUGGGGCCAGGGAGCCUAUCCUCCCAUGGUGGUGGUGGUGAAAAAUCACAAUUCGUCGGGGAUACAAAAAAAAUAUAUAUGUAUUUGUAUUUAAAAUCCGUUCAAAGAAGAAUUUGAAACCCAUAAAUUGUCAUAUUUUCCCUUGACCACUACGGGAAUAUUUUGAAUGAUACCCACCGAACACGCCCACUUUACUCGGUCAUCUUCGCCCCAACCCCGUCGGGGACAUCGGAUUCCCCGUCUGGCAAAUCCUGGCACCACUCCUGUUUAUUGUGCAUUCCUUUCAUUUACCGAACGAACAGGAGCACACCCCAAAUAUUAAUUUACUAAAGCGCUGCUUACAAGUUUUUUUUGUGACAAAAUAGUAUUUUUUUUAUUAAGUUUUGUAGGACAAAAUUGCGAAAUUCCCAAACGGUGUCUGGUAGUGGUCGAGAGUUCUAACAACAUGCUGGCAACCUCGGCUGACAUGCUUAGAUACACCGCGGCUUCACUGUUAACGGGCUAAGUGCGAAUAUUUCUUAUAAACGCAAA